AUGGGCCCCUGCUCGUCCACGGGCUCGCCGAUGACGUUCAGGAUGCGGCCCAGCGUGCCACGGCCCACGGGCACGCUGAUGGGCUGGCCCGUGGCCACCACGCGCUGCCCACGCACCAGCCCGUCGGUGGUCUCCAUUGCGAUGGUGCGCACGGUG